GUGGGUGAAAUAAUGUAGCGUGUUUCGUUAGUGAAGCCGUUUGAUUUGAUCAUCUGGGUGCUAUUUGUAAUUGUUAUAGAGAGAGAGAGAGAGAAGUCAAAAUAGGAAACGAUGAGUUCUUCCUCACUAGCGGUCGCGGGAGUGAGUGGUAGCAGUGAGGCUCACAGAGUUUUCGUGUAUGGAAGCCUUCUAGCUGACGACGUCGUUCGAGUCUUGCUCAAACGCGUCCCUCAAUCCUCCUCCGCCAUUCUCAGCGGCUAUCACAGGUUCAGCAUAAAAGGGCGAGUUUAUCCAGCCAUUCUUCCAGUCCACAACAAGCAAGUUACCGGCAGGGUCCUCUUUGGCAUCACUGAUCUUGAAUUGGAUAUUUUAGAUACGUUCGAGGACGUUGAGUAUGAAAGGACUACUGUUGACGUUUCCUUGAUGGAUGGUUCUCACAGAUUGCAAGCACAUACUUAUGUUUGGGAAAACAAAAAUGAUCCCAACUUGUUUGGAGAGUGGGAUUUCGAGGAAUGGAAAAUAGCACAUAUGAAUGAUUUUCUCAAGAUGACUGCUGGUUUUAUGGAAGAACUGGAGCUGCCUGAAUCAAAGCCUAGAGUAGCCACUUAUGAAUCCUUCUUUCAGCAGGACAACAACAGAUCCUCCAUGCCUUAGAAAAAAAAAUUACAUGCUACAUUGGCUAUUCUAAGUAGGAUGAUAUUAUAUUUAUAUGUAAACUGCAGAUCAUAUGUAUUUUUUUUAAGCAGCAUUUCAGAACUGUCAUUCAAUCGUUGAUUUACAUUGUGAGCCUUUCCCAUCUUUAGGAAGCUCAUAAUGUCCCUGCAAUGCAUUUCAUCAUUCUGUUUUUCAAUUUUUUUGGUGGGCAAGAAGGCAGAGAUUGCCCCUUUCACGAGAAUUUGCAUCUUAGAUGAUCUGUACCAGUUGCUAUGUGCGAAUAAAAUCUCUCUGAAAUCUUUGUGCU